CUGCUCUGCUGUCAAAUUUAUUUUGUAAACAUUAUCACUCGGAUCGGAUUUGCUUACGAAAAAGUGUUAGAAAAACGAUUACAGAUUUUAUCUUAGUUUUUUCGUGCCUGGUUCAGUAAUUGUAGCUAAAUUAUUAAUUAACGCCCGAUUGAACGAAUCACAAUGGCCCAUAUACCCGCCACCUCGUUGGGUAGCAAAAGUAAGAAGCAUUUUCUUGGGGUUCCAGCACCUCUUGGUUAUGUGGCCGGUGUUGGACGCGGUGCCACCGGCUUCACCACCCGUUCGGAUAUUGGACCAGCACGAGAUGCCAAUGAUGUUUCAGAUGAUCGACAUGCUCCUCCCGCUGCUAAGAGGAAAAAGAAGGAAGAAGAGGAGGAAGAUGAUGAAGAUCUAAACGACUCCAAUUACGACGAGUUUAGUGGUUACAGUGGUUCGCUUUUCUCUAAAGAUCCGUAUGACAAAGAUGACGCUGAAGCAGAUGCUAUCUACGAAAACAUUGAUAAACGUAUGGAUGAAAAACGUAAAGAGUAUCGCGAAAAACGUCUGAAGGAAGAUUUAGAAAGAUACCGACAGGAGAGACCGAAGAUUCAACAGCAGUUCUCCGAUUUGAAACGAAGCUUGAUCAUGGUGUCAGAAGAUGAAUGGGCUAAUUUGCCGGAAGUUGGAGAUAGUCGCAACAAAAAGCAACGAAAUCCUAGAGCUGAGAAGUUUACUCCUUUACCAGAUAGUGUAUUAUCUCGCAAUUUAGGCGGAGAGACAACGAGCACUAUUGAUGCACGCUCUGGUCUCGCUUCGAUGAUACCAGGAGUGGCGACACCCGGAAUGUUAACACCCAGUGGAGAUUUGGAUUUGAGAAAGAUUGGCCAAGCCCGAAAUACACUCAUGAACGUCAAGUUGUCGCAGGUGUCCGAUUCUGUAGCCGGACAAACUGUUGUUGAUCCAAAGGGUUAUUUGACUGAUUUGCAGAGUAUGAUACCCACCUAUGGUGGUGAUAUAAAUGAUAUCAAGAAAGCACGUCUACUUCUGAAAAGUGUGCGUGAAACGAAUCCGAACCAUCCACCUGCCUGGAUCGCUAGUGCUCGAUUAGAAGAGGUAACAGGAAAGGUGCAAAUGGCACGCAACUUAAUUAUGCGUGGAUGUGAAGUCAAUCCAUUGAGUGAAGAUCUAUGGUUGGAGGCUGCAAGAUUACAGCCUCCUGAUACGGCGAAGGGGGUGAUUGCACAAGCGGCCAGACAUAUACCCACUUCAGUCAGGAUAUGGAUCAAAGCUGCCGACUUGGAAACAGAAGCCAAAGCAAAGAGGCGCGUUUUUCGCAAAGCUUUGGAGCAUAUUCCAAACUCGGUGCGUUUGUGGAAAGCAGCUGUUGAGUUAGAGAAUCCAGAAGACGCAAAAAUUCUGCUCUCGAGAGCAGUAGAAUGCUGCAACACAAGCGUUGAAUUGUGGCUAGCGUUGGCACGUUUGGAAACGUAUGAAAAUGCACGGAAAGUGUUGAACAAAGCCCGUGAGAAUAUUCCAACUGAUCGACAGAUUUGGACAACUGCUGCUAAGUUAGAGGAAGCCAACGGUAACAAUCAUAUGGUUGAGAAAAUUAUCGAUCGUGCUUUGACCUCACUCAGCGCUAAUGGAGUAGAAAUUAACCGCGACCAAUGGCUGCAAGAGGCGAUGGAAGCGGAAAAAUCUGGCGCAAUCAAGUGCUGUCAAGCAAUUGUGAAAGCCGUGAUUGCAGUCGGAAUUGACGAAGAAGAUCGCAAGCAAACCUGGAUUGAUGAUGCCGAUCAUUGCGCUAAAGAAGGAGCAUUCGAGUGUGCUCGUGCCGUGUAUACAUAUGCUCUGUCAGAAUUUCCUUCUAAGAAGAGUAUUUGGUUGCGAGCCGCAUAUUUUGAGAAAAAUCAUGGAACGCGUGAAAGUUUGGAAGCUAUAUUACAGAAAGCUGUCGCUCAUUGUCCCAAAUCGGAAGUUCUAUGGUUGAUGGGAGCAAAAUCUAAGUGGUUGGCUGGUGAUGUUCCAGCUGCGCGCGGGAUUUUAUCACUUGCUUUUCAAGCUAACCCCAAUUCUGAAGACAUUUGGCUUGCUGCUGUGAAACUAGAAUCCGAAAAUUCCGAAUACGAACGAGCUCGGCGAUUGCUUGCUAAGGCGAGAGCAUCGGCUCCUACACCAAGAGUUAUGAUGAAGUCGGCUAAAUUAGAAUGGGCGCUCAACAAUCUUGAAGAUGCUCUAAGCUUAUUGGAAGACGCCGUUAAAGUGUUUCCAGAUUUUGCUAAACUAUGGAUGAUGAAGGGACAGAUUGAAGAACAGAAGAAAUUAUUGGAACGCGCAGUUGAAACAUACAAUGCUGGAUUGAAGAAGUGUCCCAAUUCGAUCCCACUUUGGUUGCUGUUAUCCAGUUUAGAAGAAAGAAGAAAGCUGCUUACUAAAGCUCGUUCGGUGCUGGAGCGUGGUCGGUUGAAGAAUCCAAAAAAUCCAAUACUUUGGUUAGCUGCGAUCCGUAUUGAAACGCGCGCUGGUCUGAAAGAUAUGGCAAAUACUCUAAUGGCGAGAGCUUUACAGGAUUGUCCAAAUGCUGGGGAGCUGUGGGCAGAGGCAAUAUUUCUAGAAGCUCGACCACAGCGAAAGUCAAAAUCUGUAGAUGCUCUCAAGAAGUGCGAGCAUGAUCCGCACGUGCUGCUGUCAGUUUCAAAGCUGUUUUGGAGUGAAAGGAAGAUUCAAAAAUGCCGCGAUUGGUUCAAUCGUACAAUAAAAAUCGACCCAGAUUUCGGCGACGCUUGGGCUUACUUUUACAAGUUUGAACUACAACAUGGCAACGAACAGCAACAAAACGAACUAAUCGAGCGGUGCGUGGCUGCAGAACCGAAACACGGCGAGGAGUGGUGCCGCGUUAGUAAGGACAUUGUCAACUGGUGUUUGAAAACUGACGAAGUUUUAAAGGCAGUGGUGAAAAUACUACCUACACCAAUUUAAAGUGUGUAUACGGAAUAUGGCUUAAUUCGCGACUACGAAGUUAAAGAGAUCUUGAAGGCUGUUCGCACCUGGGCGAACUCUUAUUGUCAAAAUGUGUGUGAUGACAAAAGCAAAAAUAUUUCCUUCCUUCGUUUUGUCAUGCAAAAACAAACAUAUAUCAUCAGUAUGGUGGUUGCGAAUACAAGGGUAUUUAGUUUGAAAUGUAUUUCUCGUUAUAAUUCAUCACGAUUAAGAACUUGGAAUACAAAUACUUACCAAAAUGGUCAAAAAAUUUCA